AUGGCCAUUGCUGCUGCUGCAGCUGGUCUGCAGUUGCACUGUGCGACGGGAGACAUUCCGAUGAUUGGAAACAGUGAUGCACUGCUGGCGCUGGUGAAGGCUGGCGCGGAGAUCUCACAGCAGGACAAGGACGGCCUGUCUGCUCUGCACUGCGCCUCCAGUCGCGGCCACUACAAGUGCGCCGAGAUACUGAUCAUGAUCUGCGGCGCCGACGUCCACCAGAUUGAUUCCAGCGGCUGUACGCCCCUCUUCUACGCCGCCGCCCUCGGCCACCCUGACUGCGUCCGGCUGCUGCUCGAAUCGGGGGCGGAUGUGGACCAUCAGGACCACAAGGGCCGGACGGCGGCGCACUGCGGCGCUUCCAAGGGCCAGCUAGAGACGGUGAAGAUACUGCAUCAGCAGGGGGCGAAUUUGUGGUUGAAGAACGUCAGGGGUGAUUUGCCCCUUCAUGAAGCCAUCAAGUCGGGACGGAGAGACCUCGUCAAGUGGCUCCUCGACCUGAACCCGAAGGCCAUCAACGAGGUGAACCUCUACGGGCGGUCAGUGCUGCACAUUGCCGCCUUCAACAACAAUGUCGACCUGUGUCGUCUGCUAGUGGAGCGGGGCGCCGACCUGAACGCGGUGAUGAAGGUGCGCUCGCAGUACCUCACCCCACUGGACGCGGCUCACCAGAACGCCAGCGAAGAGGUGGCCCGAUACCUGGCCUCGGUUGGGGCCCAGCCCAUUGCGCAGAUUGACGAACGUCUGGCAGAGUACUUGCAAACGACGUCGCCCAUCAAGGAACUGGGCGCCAGAAGGCAGCGUAGACAGGCUGAAGAGCGGAUGGAAACGGGUGCUCAAGGAGCUUCGGGAGAUGGAGGUUAUNGACCAAACUUCCCAACCUGA